GUGCUAUUCACUUGAUGGUCGACCCUGUCCCAAAGUGCAACUUGAGGGUAGACAUUCCCCCCAUUUCGGAUUUGACCGAAGACGUUCCCUCAAAGCUCAAGGACAAAAGAGAAACCAGCUGAUGGUUCACCCAUUCGCCUCGAAUGCUCAUGGUAUCCUCCUGACACUCUCUACGAUCGAAAGUCGGUGACGUCUUGCACAUCCGCAAUAAGAGCCUCUUCUCGGUAGAUCUGAAAGAAGUCGGACCGCUCUUCACUUCGUUUCGGAUCGACCCCCUGUUCCGGACUCGCCCUUCCUUUCUCUAGCAAACGAGGAUAUCUUGAGGAUCACGGCCAGUACACCUCUCUUCGAGUCCACUCGAACACCAGAAUUUCAACACCUGGAUAGUCAAUAAAGCGCUACCUCAAAUACCUAACGAAAUCAGUGAGACGUAGAACGUAACGAAGAACAGACACGAACGAAAUGCCUCUUCCUAUCGAGAAAUCACAAGGCUCGGUAAACAAUCUCAUCAAACGGUUCCAACAAGCCUCGGACGCCGCGUCCCGUCAGAAAGAACGACAAGAACGUACCCGACCUCCCGGGAGGUCCGUCUCUGGCUCGAGUUCGGGCUCAGGUGUGGGAUCGGGACUGCCGUCGGGGUCGGCCAUCUUUGAGAAGAGCGGGUCCGGGUGGAGAAGAGCUUCAGGGGUGUCGGAGAGUGGGAGCGUGGGCUCUGAUUUCGAAGUCAGGGUGGAGAGAGGGAAGUUGAGAGAGGGGCAGACGGAUGGGAAGAAAGAGGCGGCUCAAGAGGAGAAGGAGGAGGUCUUGAUGGAUGAACCGGAGGAGAUGAGACAGCAUACACCUGGGAAACUCGAGAUCACGGAAGAUGGGAAGCAGGGAGCUACCGGGAGUGCUCAAGAAAAGACUGAUGUCAAGGUCGAGGAACAGUUGACAUCUGCUCAGGGGAUGAAUGAACCUGUCGUCCAGAAUCAGGCAGUCGACGUCGCCAACCCUGAUUCAGACGAUGAACACGCCUCUGGUCCCACUCCUGCUCCUGCUCCGGCGUCGAGUCCGGUCCCAACCUCACCUCCAGCUCAAGAUUCUCGUCCGGAAGAUUCGACGGCAAAAACUGUCAAAACCGAUAUCUCAGCCACGAGCGAACAGCAGGAGGAUAUGAGGGAGAAGGAGGAGGCAAAGGAUGAAGAGGAGCAGGAAAGAGAUGGCAAUUCCGAUGCGAUUCCGGUCACACCGGAAGUCGAGACUGGUCUUGCUGCCGAACCUGAAGCUUCGAUCAUGAGCGGGAAUACAUCGGAGCAGGCCGUCGGGGAGGACAAGGACAUUAUCGGGGAGCAGGGGAAAGACGUCGAGGUCGGGGACGAGAAAACAUUCGAUACUACUGCUGCCGUCAACGCUAUGGCUCAGCUGGAGAUCCGAGAACAGGAGGAUGUUCCGGUCACAAGCGAUAUCGCGGAUCGAAGUGACGCUCCGGUCGAGAGAAGAGUCCCGCAUCAGGACGCUGUUGAAUCGCAACAAGCAGAGCAUACCGGGAAAGCACCGGAACCCGUCGACGAGAACAAGGAGAUCCAAGUUCCGCUCGAGGCUGUAGCGGAGCCGUCUGCGCAACCGGAGAUUGCAAAGCAGCAGGAAACAAAGGUCAAAUCUCCUGGUCCUGUCCCGGCUCCAUCUACGUCGAAGUCGCCUGUUCCGCAGAAGCCUAUCCCUGCGAAGACUACACCUCGACAGACUCGAGCUGCGACAACCCCCAGCAAGACACCUUCGACCGCCUCUCAAACCCCUAUCAAAGCGCAAAAGACCGGGGGUCUGCCCGCUCAGAAAUCUUCUACCCCGAGCGGUAGGCCCACAAAGAGCAGCGCUCCUCCUACUACCUCUACCCGGACUUCGCCUCACGCUCAAUCAAAACCGACAACCCCCGCGGCCGUUCCGCGAACAGUACGCAAAUCCCUUACACCAUCCAGCCAAGGGGUAACGCCGUUGAGACCGUCACAUACCGGAUCCACCGCUUCCCCUUCUCCUGCUCACAUCCAGUCAUUGAAGCCGCAUCAUACUGGUGCGAUCACUCCGCUUCGUCCGCAACCUACCGGGACUAGGGCGAUCGAGCGGUCCCCGUUGUACGCGCCUACUGCGAGCAGUCUCGCCAAGACCAAGCAGAAAGUCACUGCCUCGCCUAGUCCUGUCGGUGGAAAGGGCAAGGCGGAAGGCUCUAUGAGGAAGGAGAGCGUGGGAAGUUUGAGCGAGCCGGGAGUUGGUAGCCUAGGAUCCAGGACGAGGGUCAUCUCUUCGAGCGGGAGUACGACCAGUGCCAGGUCAAGGCAGAGAACCGCGUCGGGUGAUGCGUAGUCGGAAAACCACUUGGGUUGGUAACAUCGAUGCCAAGACAUCAACCUAACGAAAUCUGUAACGUCUCACAUUAUGAAUACGCGCACGGGAUGGUAUCUGUGUAUGACAGAAAUUCGAUCUCGAGCGAUUUGCCUUCAAUGCUGGAUCGAUGUUGUUCUUAUCGAUGUUGUUCUUGCUGGAUCAGCAUUCUCUGAGAGUUUUCUUUAUGACAUUGACGAAUGGAUGCACGUG